AAUGAUGAAUUUAUUGAACAUAAUCCUUUUUAUGAAUAAUGACCUCAUCAUAGACCAUUUUGUUCGGACGUCUCGCUUCCGUCCGCCGUCCUUACGUUUAGGCGUUUCCCUUUACGUAUUGACGUCAUCGCAUCGCUUCUUCCGCUGCCGGCAGAGUGGACGUGAGGAAGAGAAGAAAAAAGCAGAAGAGGAACAAACGUCGAAACGAGCGCAGGUUGUUUUUUUUUAUGAGAAACAUUUCUUGCUGAGAAGAGUAAAAGCUCCAAGUUCGAGAACCGCGAAAGAAAACCGGCUGCAGGUGACCGACGAUGGCUGUGAACGUGUACUCGACCUCAGUGACCAGCGACAACUUAAGUCGCCAUGACAUGCUCGUGUGGAUCAACGAGUCUCUACAGAUGAACCUCACCAAGAUAGAAAUGCUGUGCUCAGGUGCUGCUUACUGCCAGUUCAUGGACAUGCUGUUUCCCAACUCUGUGCCUUUGAAGAAAGUGAAGUUCGGGGCCAAGCUCGAGCACGAGUACAUCCACAACUUCAAGCUUCUGCAGGUGGCCUUCAAAAAGAUGGGCGUCGACAAAAUCAUUCCGGUGGACAAACUGGUGAAGGGGAAGUUCCAGGAUAACUUCGAGUUCGUACAGUGGUUCAAGAAGUUCUUCGACGCCAACUACGACGGAAAGGAGUACGACCCCGUGGAGGCGAGACAGGGGCAGGACGCCAUGCCCACGCCCAACCCCGCCACGUCAGCCCUCAACAAACCACCCAAAAAGGCCCUCAAUCAAGCUCCUCAGAGGCCCCCCGUGGCUAAGGUGGCGCCCAAGGUGGCUCCGGUCAGUGCGAAGAAGGCGGGGACGGGAGGAAACGACGAGGAGGUGGCUGAGCUCAUCAAUGAGAUGGAGAUGCUGAAAUCCACCAUCCAGGACAUGGAAAAGGAGAGAGACUUUUAUUUUGGAAAGCUGAGGAACAUCGAGCUGAUCUGCCAGGAGAAGGAAGGCGAGGGCGACCCGACGCUGCAGAGGAUCGUCGACAUCCUCUACGCCACAGACGAGGGCUUCGUCAUACCGGACGCUGAGGAUCAGGAGGAGUUUUAAUAUUCAAGACUGCAGCAAUGUUUCUCGUAGACGUCCUCACCCACCAACCCGCCUCCACACCCCGAUCAAGCCGAGCCUUUGGUUUUUAUAUCCAGCGCCGAACCCGGUCUCAGCUUGACACCCCCCCCCCCCCAAAGUACCUGCUGGACUUCUCCUUCGUCUCACCUUCGACAAACAUCCUUUACCGCGAAGCCUCGGCCCCGCCUCCCCCCUGUUACUCCAUCUUUCCCAAAACCGGAUGGUGCCAACAAACAUAUCUGGUGUUUGUAACGAACUUUGAUUUGAAAACACGGUGAUGAUGUUCUCUGUGUGUGUGUGUGUGUCUGUCUGUGUGUGUUUGAAAUGAAACGUGGAGAUCCUCCUCCGCAGACCCGGCCGACUUCCCAAACUAAUCCCGACACAUUCCGAGCGAACCCGCUGAGGGUUUGUGCAGGUUUAGUCUGGGACGCGGCGCCGCCGGCUCGUCUGCUGGCCUUCUUCCACCAUCUUUAUUUGUGCUGAGCUUUUGUAAAUUGAUGCUCCUGUUCUUCACGCCUCCCACCUCUCUCCACUGGUUGUGUUUUUGUGUUUGGCACGUGUUGUUCACCUUUCUGAUCGCAGCCACGUCAGCGCAGAGAUUUUUCCCUCACACUGAAAAUGUUCCUGGUAGCACAUCGGACACGUCAGGCUUCCUAACAAACUGCAGGACGUGUUUGCGUUUGGCAGCCUUCUGAUCAACACGACAAUGUUUAGUAAAAAAGAACCAAACCAGAUUGUUUUGUCUGUUUCCUGCAGCGGCCCUUACACAUCACGGAAAAUCCAAAUGCUGUGCGCUCCAGCCGAAACCCGACUGAGCAGCUGGGGGCAGAGGGUGGGGGUACCUCCACCCUCAGGCUGUGCUGUCACUGACUCCGCCCCUCCGAUGCACUCGCUGUAACCUUAAACGACCCCCUCUUUGGUUUGCACAGCAGUCAGCUCGUCUUCAAUCUGCGCGCGCGGGUUAAAAGCCUGUUCGGCUCUUUCGGGCUCGCGGCCGAUUGGGUCUGUCUGCGGACACUUCCUGUUAGAGUUCGGCUCGUGUCCUGCGUCGGGGUUUAAGCGUAUUGCUUAGCGUGCUGAAGGAAGCGCGUGGGAAUCACUGCGAGUCUGCAUACACGUCCCUGCAGCGCUGUCGUGGGUCUGACUGGAGCCCAGUUUCUGAAAUGUUCCAUCGAUGGCCUUAAUCUUUCUUUAGUGUGUGUGUGUGUGUGUGUGUGUGUGUGCGCGCGCGUGCGUGCGUUUACUGUCAGUCUGGAGGUCGUUGUGGGGAAACGCUCGGCGUCCGUCUUCCAUCAAACGCUCCCAAAAGUGUCCGGCUGAGGCUCGGUCCGCUCUCCUGCUUGUUGCCUUCAGCGUCUCCGAUCUUUUCGUUUCUCCAUCUUUUUCAGAAUGUAUUUUCUGGAAGAGCGGGCGGAGCCUCGGGGUGGGGUUACCGGCUAGUUUUUUGGUCUGUGCUGCAGCACGUGUUGCUUUCGGACCUGAGGAGGAAAACUGAAGUAGUCUCCUAGUUUAAGUUGUAGUCUGGCUUCUGAUUAAUGCGACUGAUGUGAAAGUUAAGAAAGGCACAGAUGCAGGUUUGAAAGUUCUGCAGGGAUUUCUCUUUCCAGAAGAAUGUGAGCCACGCAAAAGAAAAGGCACUCGUGAGCCGUUUUAUGCAGGAACUAUUUCCCUCUGCCGUCUCCAUCCGCCGGUUACAGCUCUCUCACGGGCGGAGGGACCCGAGUGUGGAUUUGGGUUUCUUUCUGGAAAGAGACAUUUCUGCAUUCUUGAAAAAACUCAAAGAACUUUUUAAUUUUUUAUUUGUUUGCGUUUCUUUUUUUCUAAUUUUAUUUUUUGCGUGUGCCGUUUAGCUCCGUCAUAGUGACGAGUGGGCGGAGUUAAAACAGGCGGAUCAGAAGCCCUGGCGGCCGGGCAGAGGUGGUGGAGAUGGGUGGGGGUGAAGACAAUUAAACUUUACGUGAACUGUAUUUUGGCACGUUUGUCCGAAUGAAUUUGUUGAAACUUUUGCUGGCGUGAGGAACUGGAGGCGGAGCUUCCCUAGAGACGACGUCAGCAGCGUCCACUGCUCUCAAUGCAGUGUUUCAGUCUGUCAUGUAGUGAGUUGAUGCUCUCAGGGGAAGUUCGAGGUGCUGACCCCAUUAAGCCCCGCCCCUCCAAACCAGUAAAAACCUUCAGUAAAAUUCACACGAAGCUCUGAACUGUUAGGAAAAAAACACGUCGGCGUGGAACUGUGACUCUGUCUAAAUCUUUUUUAGAGGGGAUUAGAGGAGCAGGAAGUGAGCUUGGGUUUGGUCUAAAGAAUGCUCGUCUGUGCUCUGACGUAUUUGAUGUUGAACCAAAACAGCACCAGCAUGGCGGCAUUGCUGCGUCCACACUUAGCCCUGUCUUCAGUAGCAUAAACGUCUUCUUCAGCCGCUGACCCUCCGCCAUGUUGGGCUCUCAGCAGCACAGAGUUGGUAGAAAAGAGGUAAUGGUUCUAUUCUUCCACCCCUGUGGUCCCAGUAGCCACUCCAGAGCUGGUACGGAGCAUCUUCACCUGGACACAGCUGCUCUGUUCUUGGAGAACCUCUGAGGGCGGGGUCCCAGCAUCACGCUGGUGGAAGAGCGGCGUUACUUCCUCCGCACUGCCAACAUCAGGUGACCAGGUUAACGGCGCUUCUGUCUUUGUGCUGAGUUUUUUUCACGGCCGAACACGGACUGCUGGAACGAUAAUAAGUGUGUCACUGUAAGUGUUAGAAGGACUGUGGUGGUGUUUCAUGUCUGACUGGUACAGAACGUGUCUGAGCGAAGGGAAAUACUCGCUUUAAAGGUAAUGAUGCUUGACUGACCUCUGACCUCUCUCCCCUUUUAACGGUCUGUGCCGAUAAGCGUGCACGCCGCGGGCCAAGCGCCACCCGAGUCUUCUCUGUCCGGGCUUCUCUCUGUGUUUGUUAUACUUCUUUAAUAAAGUUUCGUACAGACAAUAAAACAGUAUUUCCAC